CCGCAUGGAUACAAUUUUUCGAGCUCUUCAAGCAAAACUGAAUGAAGAGAAAUGUGCGAGGCAGAAGGCAGACCUGUCGUCGCAGGAGAAAGAGAGACAGAUGUCGAUGUUGUCCGUCGACUACAAGCAAAUCCAGCAGAGGUUGCAGAAGCUCGAAGGAGAACAUCGGCAGGAAGUAGAAAAGUCGAAGACGCUGCAGGCACAGGUGGACCAGGAGCAGGCGAAGAAGUGUUCGCUGUCCUCUGAACUGGGUCUGGCCAACUCGGAGGUGGCGCACCUGCGCGCGCGCGAACUGCAACUGACUCGCGAGGUGCAACAGUUGCGCGAGGCCAAGCGAGUCAUCGAGGACGAGAUGCAUCGACUCAAGACACAGCACUCGGUCGACGACCUCCAGAUGAAGGAGCUGCACGAUCAGCUGGAGACUGAGCAGCAUUUCUCUUCGUUGUACAAGACCCAAGCCGAGGAGCUGAAGGAGGAGGCUGAGGAGAGGUCGCGAUCCGUUCUGGAGCUGGAGGAGGAGAGGAGCAGCCUGGCACACCAGCUGCAGAUCGCGUUGGCGCGUGCGGACAGCGAGGCGCUCGCCAGGUCGAUUGCCGAGGAGACGGUCGGCGACCUCGAAAAGGAGAAGACCAUCAAGGAGUUGGAGCUCAAAGACUUGCAUGCCCGCCACAGAGCUGACAUGGCGGCCUUGGACUCCAAUUUGGUUAAGUUGAAGGAGAGAGAGACUGAAAACAAGAAGACCAUCGAUCAACUAAUGAAAGACAAAGAAGACCUAAGUCACCAAAUGAAAUUGAUGCAAGAAGAUGUGCGAUCCGCGGCCGGCUCUGUGGAGGAACUGGAGCGCCUGCGCAAACAGCUGAAGCAGGAGCAGAUGCUGAAGGCGCAGGCCGUGAACAAGCUGGCCGAGAUCAUGAACCGCAAGGACGUGAACGCAGCCGCUAGCGGCAAGGGCAAGAGCAAGGUGUCCUCGGCCGAUCUGCGCCGCAAGGAGAAGGAGUGCCGCAAGCUGCAGCAGGAAUUGACGCAGGAACGCGAGAAGUACGGCCAGCAGGUGGUCAAGUGGCAGAAGGAGGUGCAGGAGCUGCAGGCGCUGGUGGUGGAGGAGAGCGGCGGUCGGCAGCGGCUGCAGAUGGAGAUCGACAGCAAGGACUCGGAGAUCGAGCAGCUGCAGGUGCGGCUGGCGACGGCCACCAGCAGCGCCGAGACUGCGUCGCUCAGCAGCGCCGACAACGAGAACGACACCGAACUCUAUGCGCAAGAUUCAAGACUGGAAGGCUGGUUGUCAGUGCCUAGUAAACAGAAUAUCAGACGACACGGCUGGAAAAAGCAGUAUGUCGUAGUGUCUUCCAAGAAGAUCAUCUUCUACAACUCUGAGAACGAUAAACAGAAUACCGAUCCUGUCUUAAUUUUGGAUCUCAACAAAGUGUUCCAUGUUCGUCCCGUAACACAGGGCGAUGUUAUUAGAGCUGAUGCCAAAGAUAUUCCCAGGAUAUUUCAGCUUCUGUACGCGGGUGAAGGCGAGGUGCGCCGGCCCGAAGAUGGGGGCGGCAGCAUUCAGGAGCUGGUGGGGAGGGGAGGAGGGGGCGGUGGUGACGAGAAGCCAUGUACGGUGGCGCUGAAGGGCCACGAGUUCAUUCAGAUCUCCUUCCACAUGCCCACCAACUGUGAGGUCUGCACCAAGCCGCUCUGGCACAUGUUUCGGCCGCCGCCCGCCCUAGAGUGUCGUCGUUGUCGCAUAAAAGUGCAUAAAGAGCACUCGGAGCGCAAAGAUGAGCGAUUGCGCCCGUGCAAACUGCACGACGACCCGAACACGGCCAGGAGUACUAGUUCUGGCUCUUUCCCCGACGACCAGAAGCUGUGGGUGCAGCGGCUCAGUCGCAAGAUACACAAGUGCGGCUACAAGGCCAACUCCACCUCUCAUGACGGUGCUAAAGUUUCCCCAAGAGAAUCGACCAGAUCAUCUCUGAAGCCGUACAUUUCCGUACAACAGCGAUCAGCCACGUUACCUGCCAACUCGUCCUCAAAGUGAAGCUGAACAGCCGCUCUGAUGAGUACCCUUUGUAGAAAAACAUUUCUGUUGUAACCAAAAACCGUCGGUCCUUUCUCCUCUUUAAUCACCACCCCCUUCUCUUCCUCCUGCCACACUCUUCCCCUUCCACCACCACCUCCUCCACCACAACUUCCGACUCCUCCUCCUCCUCCUCCUCCUACUCCUCCUCUUCCUCCUCCCCCCACAACACUUCUCCAAUCUGUUACCAGUUGUAAAACAUUUGAAAUGAGCAGAACACUCUACUUUUGUAGAAAAAAGGCUUUAGUUACAGUGUAAUCGUGAAGGUUGUUUAAUGUAAAUGGGUGUGUAGUCAUUGUACGAAAAUAUCAAUCGUAAAUUGCCUGACGUUUCCAAAAAUAUGUAAAAAUAAGUCUGAUACAAUCAUCAAUCUUUUCACAUCAAUCUUGAUGUAGGUUGGUUGUAGUCGUUGUUCGAGAAUAUCAAUCCGUGUCAGACAAUCCAAAAACUUAUGAUAUUGCAUUUAAUGUUGUCGCCUCAAUGUGUAUUAGUUUCUUGGAAAUUCACAAAAGUAUGUCAUUUUAAUUGUUUAACUAUGUUGUCUUUAUAUUGAUUGAGGUUGUGAUUGCUGAAAGCUGCAUUAAUUCAUUGUAUAGAAACCAUUUAUUGUUGUUAACAUUGUAUGUUUUAACCAAAUCCACUUACUUUUAAGUCUAUUAAAUGUAUAAUUUAUGUAUGCAUUUCAAAUUAUUUAUUUUUCUAUUACGAUAUAGCUUUGGCCCCGAACUUAUCUGUUGAUUGGGCUUAAUGUUAAUCCUUAUUUAGUAGUAUGCCAAUAUUCAAGGCGCAAGAACGUUAUCAUGAAGGCUGUUCAAAUUUUCUGGUUUAAACAAUUUGAUCGGUCUGUUGGAUGUCAUUUCACAAUAAUUUUUGAACGAAAAAUUGAAAUGUUUUGUACAUGUGUGUCUGCAUUCCCAUUGUUUUAGUGUAUAUAAAUUAUCGUUGUCUUGAAUAUUACUCAUUACGACUUGUAAACUCUUUUAAAACAUGUUUUUUUAUUCUAUCAAUAAUUGAAAUCGUAUGCUUUGAACUUUUAAUCAUUCAUCAACCCUUAUUCAUUCCACACUUCAUUCUUACAUAAUUAAUUUUCUUUAUCGGAAAAUUUGUCCCCAAAUUAUAUCUUUUUCAACCCUUGUCAAAUAAAAUGAAGGACGUGUAAAUAAAUAAUCAUAGAUAAUAUGAGUGAUAAUCAUUAUCAAUAAUAUUGUUCUUAUACAAUAAUCACUUUGAAUAUUCGGCGUUUUUAUAUUUAACUCCUCUACUUACCUCAAUAAAAUAUAAGUAAAUGAAAACGUUUCAAUAAUGAAAUUAUCAAUAAAUCCUAGUAAAUAAAAUGAAUAAUUACAACUGUAAUCACAUCAUAUAUUCGACCUUUAUCUUUACAAUUACAUGCAUAAAUUAAAAAAAUUAUUAGACAAAAACCUAAUGAUAUUUAUAUCAAUAUAAUGAUUCCAAGCUGUUUCCUUUUAUGUUUCCAUAAUUGAAAAAUUAUUAGACAAAAACCUAAUGAUAUUUAUAUCAAUAUAAUGAUUCUAAGCUGUUUCCUUUUGAGUAGGUUACUGUAAUAGUCUUAUAAAAUUUGUAGGAUAGUUAAAAAUUAAUAAAUUUGUAGAACACCAAACUAGAGUACUGACAUGAUUAAAGUGAUACAAAAUACAAACCUAGAACAUGAAUAAAGUUUAAAAACUUGUAACAACUUGCUCAAAUAUUUGGAAAAAUCGGGAAACUGAAAUAUUUCUGUAAAUUAUUUUCUCGCCUCUUUAAAAUUUAUCAACAGUUGUUAAUAUUUCGAGAUUCACGAUUGAUCUGAAGAACCUUUGAUCGUCAUAAUCACACUUUUAUUUCAUUAAAUAAAUAUUAAUCUAACAUUUUUUCAUCCAUUAUCACCUGAUGUUUUGGAAUCCACCUAAAACCAUUGAUCCACUGGAAGUUCACAGGGGAUGAAACU